AUGUCAGUCCUUAACAUAACACUUGGUUAUUUCAUAGCUAUCGUGGCCAUAUCUGCGUGUACUAGAGCUCUGGUUGCGUGGCAGUGGCCGAAGUGGAGCUUCCUAGCUGAAUUCAUUGCUGCUUUCUCACUUGCAGCCUCCAGACUGGAGGUGCAAACCAUUUCUGAGGUUGGUCAGUGGGCUGUGGGUCUGGGGCCAGAGGUCACCCUCACGUUGCUUUUCCUCACUAUAACUGUCCAUGCUGUCAUCAUGCAAGGAGUUAGCGGAAACCCUUCAGUGACUGUGAUGAGGUUUCUGCAAAAAGACGGCGAGGCUGUGGCCGUCCUCCUGAGCUUAGCGAGUCAACUCGCAGGCGCUCAGCUUGCCCUGCUCCUAGCCGGCUGGUACUGGGCAAUGGAAUUGACAGACAUGCACAUGCUCAAGAACCUGAUGGCGGCUGAGUGCAGUACCUCCCUACGUGUUCCGCUGAUCCAGGGGGCGACUGCAGAGGCUGUGAGUGCACUGAUCUUUCACCUGGCACACCUCAGCCUAGAACACCGGUCACAGCUACUCCAGAUUCCCUCACUGACCCUGCUGCUCACCUUCCUCUAUUAUGCAGGUAGCAACUAUACCUCGGCUUAUGUGAAUCCGUCCCUUGCCUCUGCACUUACCUUUACAUGUCCUGGGCACACCUUCUUGGAAUAUGUUCUAGUCUACUGGCUUGGGCCUCUCAUUGGCAUGACCCUGGCCUUGCUGCUCUACACGGGGAACAUCCCUGCGCUUUUCACCAAGAACCUGCUUUACUCAAAAAAAACACGCUUCCGUUUGCCAAAGGGGAGAAUGUCUGCAGAAUAG